CCGCAAACCUCUGGGAGUCUGACAGCACACCAUGGCUGCGAGAUCACACCUCCAGGGAAUAAACUGCGAGUCGGAACCAUUUGUGUGAGACGCCGUUUCUUCGACCCCUUUACGCAGCUGCACCCCUGGCGGAGGAAAUGGCGGCCAUCAGGUGUGGAGCGGUCUACAGCUGCCAACCAGUCAAGUACCUUCGAGAUUGACACGUAAUAAAGGUGACUGCUGUCCCCGUGUGUGUCUCAGAGGACACACAGCAUGAAGCCCAGUCUGUGUCGGAUGUUAGAGACAUAAACAGGAAUCCCCAGACUCUUGACAUUUGGAAACAUUGCUGCUACAGUAGACCCCUUGCAGAAGAAUGGCCAAAGAGCAGAAACAAAGCAGGGUAGAAACAUUUGUACUGGCUGGAUCAAAUGGUCACAACGGCCAAGAAUGGCACACUGGUCUGAGUAACUUGGCCUAUCAUCCUCCUGGCACUAACCACAUGUCCAGGAUGGCCCGCGUUGCUUCCGAUGUAAGGCACAAGUGUGCGGCCUAUGUGCUGGCACUGAGGCCGUGGAGCUUCAGCGCCUCGCUCACACCGGUGGCCCUCGGAGGCGCCUUGGCGUACAAAUUGGGGGGCUCUGUGGACUUGGUCAUCCUGAUGGUGUGCGCGGUGACCGUCCUCGUGGUCCACGGGGCGGGAAACCUUGUGAACACCUUCUACGACUUCUCCAAAGGGAUCGACCACAAGAAGAGCGACGAUAGGACUCUCGUGGAUGAAAUCUUGGCACCGCAGGAUGUCGUCAUGUUCGGAGCGUUGUUGUAUUCUUUGGGGUGCUUGUGUGCCACUCUGCUCUAUUUCCUGUCUACGCUCAGACUGGAGCACCUAGCCCUCAUUUACUUCGGGGGACUGUCCAGCUCCUUUUUAUACACUGGAGGCAUCGGCCUCAAGUACGUGGCCCUAGGAGACGUGGUGAUCCUCAUCACCUUCGGCCCGCUGGCUGUCAUGUUCUCCCACGCGGUGCAGGUCGGCUAUCUGUCAGUGCUGCCGCUGGUGUACGCCAUCCCGCUGGCCCUCAACACAGAAGCCAUCCUCCACAGCAACAACACCAGAGACAUGGACUCUGACAAGCAGGCGGGCAUCGUCACCCUGGCCAUCCUAAUAGGCCCCACGCUGUCCUACGUCCUCUACAACCUCCUGCUCUUCGUCCCCUACGUGCUCUUCUGCAUCCUCGCCACCCGUUACACCAUCAGCAUGGCGCUGCCUCUGCUCACACUGCCCAUGGCCUUCCCUUUGGAGAAGCAGUUCCGCAGCAGAUGCUACGCCAAGAUCCCCCAGAAGACGGCAAAGCUCAACCUCCUCAUGGGACUUUUCUACGUGUUCGGGAUUAUUCUGGCCCCCCCUGGAAGCUUGCCGUCAUUGUGAUUGAAUAAGAUUUGAUAAUUCAAAUGUUCUUGUUUUAAUACAGACUAGUUUAUGUACCUCCUUUGUAUUUGUACAAAGCUCUUUGAGGGCUUUCACUGGCUUUAAUUUAUUGUCAUAUUUAUAUGUUUAACAGAGAUUAAGUUUAGGUCCACCUCUGUGAAGAUGAAGGCAUAAUCUGGUGUAUUUUUUCAGUAUUAAGCCUGCUGUAAUGUUUUGAUAUGUUGUCAUUUUGUAGAAGUAGGCAACACUUUCCUCAUCUGAGGACAGAUGAUAAACCUACAGUUGCCAUAUUUGUUGUUCUCAGAGACACAACAUUGAUACAUGAAAACAUUAAUAGACUGCUAUUCAGAUAUUCUCAACAUUAUACUCCGUGCACGGUACAUGCUCUUAAACUGAUAAUUGUUUUCUUUUCCUUUGGAGAGCCAAAUAGUAUUCAAUAUGAUUGUAAUAAAACUCACUGACGCUGAUGACCCAUGUGUUCAUUUUGGAUCAAAGU